AUGGAGAGUUAUAGGAGAAGGAAGAAGUCUGAAAUCAUCCCAACAUUGCCAGACGACGACUCCCAAGACAUCAUCACCACCAUGCCCUCGUUAUCAAUGGAGGACAAGGGAAAAUCCUUGCCGCCUCUACCAGGAGCUGCAAAGAUCAGAAAUGGAAUGAGCCAUGCUGAUAGUGUCAUAGAAAUGAAUUCAACAGCGAGCAAAUCGUCAAUCAGUCUGAAUACCCCCAUCAAAUCCACACCAGUAGUAUCCACAACCCCUACGAACGUCAAUUCUUUGGACAACUUCAGCUCGAGGAAAAGAAGUUCCGAAGAGUCAAGUGCUCGAAGUAGUGGAGUCGAGCUUGGAAGUAAUCUUGAUUUGAACGAAGGGGGUUCCGAGAAGGAAAAUGUCAGUUUCUUUGGCAGUAUAGAGGAGGGAGCCAGUUCCGAAAACGCUGUGAUGAGUUCUAUAAACAAAAACAUUGCAGAUUAUGGUGAUCUGAGAACACAGCAGAUAGCGGAAGAUUUGGAGUUGAGCUCUUCGAUGCCAGAAAGCUCUUCUGCAUUGAGGUUAGGAGAAAUGGAAAAUGUUGAUGGGGCUGGAAGUGAACUUGGUGACGGCAUUAAAUUUGAAAACGAAAAUGGUACACAAAUGUUGUCAUACAGACGCUCCCGUGGGAAAGGCAAAAGUAAGUUGAACGUUGAAACAGAUCUAGGAUCUCAGAAUAACAGCUCUUCAAUGUUUCAUUCCAAGAGUAAGUCCUUGAGUACGCCUAUUAUAGCAAGCGGUUCGAAAAAUGAUCAAUCACCUUCACAAUUAGCUUCCACGCCGGUUCCCGGCAACGGUCUGACGCCAGUAGUGGCCACCACACCUAAGAUAGAGGUGGAUUAUAAUCUUUAUGUGGAUGAGAAGUAUUUGGACACACAAUACAGGUAUGCGUCAGAUCGGAGAGAUCUUGAGUUUCACCAGUUAUUUACUAAUGUUCCCAAGGACGACAGAUUACUAGACGAUUUUAGUUGUGCAUUGAGCAGGGAAAUACUUUUGCAGGGGCGAAUUUACAUUUCUGAGCACUACUUGUGUUUCAACUCAAGCUUGCUAGGCUGGGUCACGACUAUGGUGAUAUCAUUAGAUGAGAUUCAAAAGUUUGAGAGACGGUCCACUGUCGGAUUAUUUCCAAACGGUAUCAUUAUAGAAACCAAAGAGGCUAGGCACACAUUUGCAAGUUUCAUAACACGAGAUCAAACUUUAAACUUCAUUGAAACUAUUUGGUCCAAGUCUAUUAGUCUCAGCAAGAAAAAUAACGAAAAAUCUAGGGAUUUUGAGUCGGUGGAAUCGAAAACUUCAUUCGAAAAUAUGCACGAUAAGAGUGUUAAACCUUUGUCUGAAAGUGACUUGUACACUAUAGAUGGCGAUUCCUCGAGUGAUAACUAUAACAAUACAGGAAAGACUGGAAACACUGAUAGAAGUACAGACGACGAUGAAUACGAAUCGUCAGUUGCCAGUGUAAACGAUUUUGAUGUUGCCAACGGCAUAAACAAUAACAACAUGACAAAAGCUGAAAGUUUGGCCAGAAAAAAAGUGAAAGGCAACAAAAAACGUCCGUUCCCAGGUCCAAGAAGACAUUUGCCUUCCAAACAUGAAUUCGAUCAGGAAAAGAUGAAAGGAACGAUUGUUUUAGAUAAAGAACUUGACUUACCUUUAGGCCUAUUGUAUGAUAUCUUUUUUGGAAAAGACAUCACGUUUCACAAGAAUAUGAUGGUGAUGAAUGAUGGUUUGAAUUUUACUGACUAUUCUGGUUUUGAAAAACAGGGUAGUGAAAGAUCAUUCGAGUAUGAUAAAAAACUGAACUACCCAAUCGGUCCAAGCUCAACUCGUGUUUACUGUACUGAGCGCCUUGAACACUUGGACUUUGACGACUAUAUUGAGAUUCUGAAUAUAUCUAAAACUCCCAAUGUUCCGUCCGGCUCUGCCUUUGAUUGCAGAACCAGAUACAUAGUGUCUUGGGGGGAGGAAAACCGGACCAGACUUGUAAUUAGUUUCAGUUUAAAUUGGACAGGAAGCUCAUGGUUCAAAAGUAUAAUUGAGAGCUCCGCUCUCAGUGGACAGCAAAAGGCAGCCGACGAUGUUGAUAAGGAGCUUUUGAAACUAAUUCCAUCAAAAAUCAUUGAGUUCGGUCUCAAUGAACCAGUUGAAGAAACAGAUGCCGAGAACGAAAUUAAUGAGAAUAAAGUAACGAAACUUUUGGAUAAUGAGACGUCUGGGAAAGCCAGUGUGGAGAAUAUCGAAACUGUCGGGUCAGGUACCAGUGGCAAAACAUCUAUUUCACCCGACACAGUUUUCCCACGCACAGAAGUGAUAAAAACUCCAUUUGGAGAGUGUCCAGUAUCAUAUGUAUUCACGAUACUGAUGCUUAUUUCUAUCUUUGUGUUGGUUAUGACCUUGAAAAUUUCGACUGACAAUGACAAAAUUAAAAUUGAGUUACAGAAACAAGGCAUAUUGCUCAAGAGAAUAAGCGAUCAGCUCAAAGAUUUCAAAAACUUGGAGAGAGCUUUAGGUUAA